AGUGCGAAUAGCAGAAAGCUUUUAGCUCUCCAGUUUCUACCUUCUCCAAUGGCCAAACGCAUGAUUUCACGUUCCCUUCUUUAUUCUAUCAAAAGCUCUUACCCCCAAUAUUUUCCCUCACUUUUUCAACAUCCAAUGACCACUAAAAUCUCAUCUCUUAAAUCCCUUUCGUUUUUCUCCUCACUUUCCAGCUACCAUCAACCAACCCACACCACUUCCCCUCCCCUUUUCAAACUAACCCACAAAGACUGGCUCUCCCCGACCGAAAUCCUCAAAAUCUUUGACAAUCUUAAAGAUCCAAACUCUCUCAUUUCAGUCCUAGCCCAAUACUCAGCUCGCAAGGAUUAUAAACCAACUGAACCUCUCUUCACUUUGCUCAUCAACAAGCUCGCAUAUGCCCAGGAUUUUGAUUCCAUUGAAAAUAUAAUGGAAAAGCUCAAACGUGAAAAAGCCUGUCGUUUAUCCGAUGAAUUCUUCCAGCAUGUGAUUAAAAAGUAUGGGCAUGUCGGAGGUCGAAUCAAAAGGGCAAUCGAGAUCCUUUUUAGCAUGCCAGAAUAUGGGACUUGGCCUAGUGUUAAAACCUUCAAUAUCGUAUUGAGCUUACUCGUAUCGAACAAACUAUUUGAUGUUGUUCACGAGGUUUAUGGGAAAGCUCCCAAUUUGGGUGUUGAAAUCGAAGCUUGUACUCUGAAUAUUCUCAUUAAAGGGUUGUGUGAAAAUGGGAAAUUAGAGUUUGCAUUCCAACUGCUCGAUGAAUUUCCUAAACAAAGGUGUAAGCCUAAUGUUAGAACUUAUUCUACUUUAAUGCACGGGUUGUGCGAUAAGGGGAAGGUUGAUGAAGCUUUUGAGUUGAUGGGGAGGAUGGAAACGGAAGGAAUCGAUGCUGAUGCUGUUAGCUUUAAUAUCUUGAUCUCAGGUCUUAGGAAACAAGGUAGGACUGAUGAAGGUGUGAAGCUGUUGGAAAUUAUGAAAAAGAAAGGGUGUUAUCCCAAUGCAGGGUCUUAUCAAGAGGUGUUGUACGGUUUGCUUGAUGCUGCGAGGUUUAUGGAAGCAAAGGAGAUUAUAGGGAGAAUGGUUUUCGAGAGGGUUAAUCCUAGUUUUGAUUCAUACAAGAAGUUGAUUCAUGGUUUUUGUAAGGGGAAGAUGGUAAAGGAAGUUGAUUGGGCUUUGAAACAAAUGGUACGCCAUGGUUUUGUUCCGAAAAUGGGAAUGUGGAUUCAGAUUGUUGACUGUGUUUUUGCAAGGAAUAAGAACAACACUUGUGAUUGCAGUUUACUUGGUGGAAUCAUCAAUAGCUAGCAGCAAUGCGAUGUUAAAUCAGUUAUCUUGCGGGUUCAGCUUAUGUUACCUGAGCACGGAUACGAGUAUAGGAUAAGAGUGUCAUAUCUUCAUACCAAUACAUGAAUAUGUGUUGAAUAUAAGUGUCAGAUAAGGUUUUACUUCAAGAAAAAAUAAGAAAAUUGAUUUGGCUUCGAAACAAAUGGUACACCAUGCAUUUGUUCCUAAAAUGGGGAUAUGGAUUCAGAUUGUUGGCUGUGUUUUUGCAGGUAAUAAGAACAACAAUUGUGAUUGCAGUUUACUUGGUGAAGUCGUCAAAAGCUAGCGGCAGGGAUAUGAAUAGCAAUAGCAACUUAACCCCGUUGCCAUCCCUAUGUAAACCAGAGACUGAAGAUCAGAUACGUCCACAAUGAUGAAUGCUGGUGAAGUGAUGCAUAAUUUCAACAGAAUAGAGGAAGAAAGAAAAAGAGAGAAGAGAAAGAGAAUCGAGGAAGAAGAAAGAAUUGAUUUCCUUCACAAAAUGGCAUAUCUGCUCAUUUCCCAUGCCAGUUUCUAUUAUGGCUGAGAAUUGGCAGCUACAAAGUCUGUUAUAGGGCUGUUCCUCGAGCAGCUGUAACAAACAGUCAAUACGCACCAUUUUUAUUCAACAUCAAAACUUAUAGUUUCAUUAAACCCUCGGCCCUAAAACACAGCGUUCGACUAACUUUAGCUAACAUUUUUAUUUAAUAACAUGAAACUAUUCAUAAUCAACUCAUGGAUCGACCACCAUCGACUCGUGGUCUUCCCAUCAUCUUCAUGCUUGACCACUUUCUCCUUGAGAAUGACGAGGUCUCACAAUCUCUGUCUCUUAAUAUAAAAAGCAGCCGAAAAACAAGAAAACCAUUUAAAAACGGAGAAAAAGAUAUGCCUUUGUUUAUGGACUCAGCUUGCUUGUGUAGCAACAAAAGUGAAUAUAAACAAUGUAUGUGAUUCCUCCAUUGUUUCUUGUAGAUAAUAGCAGAACUUUAUGCACUUUUAACACUCGCUGUUACCCAAUAUUUAGAGGUUCUCAAGAGGUUGAUGAAUUCCCGUUUGGCGCAACAUGGCAGACUUGGACCUAUGUAUCUCAACAUUGAAAGACAAGUAUCAUUUCGGAUGUUUCCUAGUGGUGCUAGAUUCAAUGUCUUAGGAUUUUCCUCUGAAAAUGGACUCAAUAAUGCUGCCAUGAUGGGCUAUGCCUUUGAUCCUAAUAAAAAUUAUGUUUUCGUGCUGAUGAAGGUCCUAGGAUGCGUGCUGAAGCCAUUGCAGAAAGGAUUUGUCAAGUGCUUGAACGUAAUUGGAAUAUCUAAUCUGUUCACCUUGUUUGCUCAACAGCUAACAUUUUUUUCCUUUGAUUACCCAAAAUAGUCAUACUAACAAAUGUGGCUGUGAUUUUGUAUGGUAUUUUGCAACAUUCAUAUCUUAGCUACUGAGAUUUUAUCA